AUGGCUGCAAGAGACGCUGGAGAGGCAAUUAACCUCCUCUCCCUGGAUGACGGGGGCGUCCGGGGAGCGGUAUUACUUCACAUAUUACAUGAGAUCAUGGUUCAGAUUCAGCUGUGCUACGACCUCAAACGGCUCCCCAAACCUUGCGAAUACUUCCAUAUGAUCGGAGGGACGGGUACUGGAGGUCUUAUUGCCAUUAUGCUCGGGCGGCUUCGCAUGUCCACAGAGGAAGCUCUACAAGAAUACGGCAGAUGCGUCAAGGAGAUGUUUUCCCUUGGCAACAGAAAGUGGACAACGGCCACUGAGCGAUACCGAGCUACCGGGCUCAAGGAGGCGGUCGAAAACCUUGUGCGCCGGCGGAAUCUCGGUGACGAUCUUGUGGAUCUAUCCCUUGAACCGGACAGCAAGGGAUUAUGCUUCGUAUGCGCGAUGCCGGUCAGCAACCUAGGCCAGCCUCGCCGUUUCCGGUCCUUUUACACCCCCAAAGAUAUCUACAAAGGGGUCAAGAUUUGGGAAGCGGUUCGCGCCACAACCGCGGCUUCGUUUUACUUCAAACCCAUGUCAGUGACAGCCGGCGGACGAGAGCCUGAGGAGUUUGCCAAUGCUGCCAUUAACUGUAACAGCCCCAUCAACUAUGCCCUUCGGGAAUCAGCAGCUCACUUUGGGGCCAAGCGACGCUUGGGUACCAUUGUCAGUAUUGGCACAGGAAUCACAGCGGUGGGAGUGGAAAAUUCCAAGAUACGUUCCAGGGCCACGGGGAAGGAAUUGAUAGGAAGGCCCGAGAACCUGGAAACUGACGCCGAGGUCGCACAUCGGGACAUAGAAGAGAGACUUGGCCCUUCCCACAACGCAUACUUUCGGUUUAACGUGCCUGAUGUGGCCGAUGAGGCCGGGUUGGAUAAGUAUCUCAAGAUACAUGUCUUGCAGGCGUCUACAGCUGCCUACUUAGCCGAUCCAUCAGUGAUGGCUCAAAUGGUGAGAGCGGCUCUUGCACUUGACAACGGCUCGGUUUUCCAUGAACUGUCUCUUGGCCGUGCUGCCGGGGUUGGUAAGUGGAAGGGCGAUUUUAAAUCAUACGCAACCCAAUUCCUAGGCGAAGCUAGCCGCUUCUUCACAGCCAGGGACAGCGUUCUACAAAAAAUGGACGUUUUUUUCUCGCCCCGUGAUGCCAAAGGCAAACCCCGCCGCGAAUUCCUCCUAUUUGGCCCUAGUGGAGUCGGCAAGACACAAAUUGCAUUGAAGUUUGCGAAUCAAGUUGAGAAAAGAUUCAAAUACAUAUUCCACAUUGAUGGGUCAAACCCUUCGUCCGUGAGCCAAACAUACGCCAAUAUCUGCGAACAGUAUUGUCCGAGAUACAGCCCGAGGACGCCCAAUGAUUCAGCAGACGUCGAGGACAUGAAGCAAGUGGCAUUGGAUUGGAUAUCUGGGCUAUCAGUCGAAUGGCUGAUCAUCUACGACAACGUUCCCGACUCCAACCUUCCGGGGUGCAAGCCUUUUGGGCCCGAACUUCCCGGCUCUGGCCCUCCCGGUUUCAUGCCAACGCUCCCCGGCCAGAACAUCGGCAACAUCAUCUACACUUCCCAGUCUCAGGGGAUGUUAGCGAACCUGCCUCCAAAUUGUACGCACGAAGUUGGCCCGUUCACGGUGGAGGAGGGUCUCCAAGUACUCCUGAAUUUGGUCGGGCUCGAGAAUGUAGAGGAGAAUAACAAGGAGAUAGAAGCCCUUCGAGAAACCGCGGUUGAGGUUGGCUGUCUGCCCUUCGCUCUUGACACCGCUGGAGUUUACUUGAGGAAGGAAGGUUGCACACCGCUCAUGUACCUCAGGAGAUUCCGUGAGCGUCAGAACAGGCUAGGCUUGCGGGGAGAACCGACUCGCUCAGGCCUCUACACCGCGCUUGAGCUUUCGUAUGAAGCACUCCUUGACAUGCACCAAAGCCAAGUGAGCAGCCUUGCGGGGGUUGGUGCAGCGGCAGCUUCGGCCAUCUUGAACCUGUUCUGCUUCUACCACAACGUGGAUAUUCCAUUCCUGAUGAUGGGGCUCUCAGCCGAAGAGCUGCGGAACUUUGAAGGGACUGGCGUUCAUCCAUUAUCCGAGUUCCCCAAUCCUCCUCUUAUGAGCCCAACUCUCUUGAUGACUUGCAGAUCAGCGGGCAAAGGUUGGGACAGCACCGCCCUUCAUCUGGGCAUUCAGUGUCUCCUGCAGUUUUCUCUCGUCAAGUGGAACACCAAAAAAGACACUGUUUCCAUGCACCCCCUGGUUCAAGAUUGGGCGAGGGAUAGAAUGAGCACAGAUGCUCGGAGAUAUCAGGCCUGGGCAGCUCAGGUUGUGCUUAUUGAGUCCAUCAAGUCCGGUUGGGGCAGGCUUGACCGAGCAACCUUACGAGGCCUACCGCCUCACUUAGACGUUUGCAUGUCCUACGAGAGCGAGUCAUUUGGCCAGCACGACAAGCACCAGGCAUGGCUGGAUCUCAAAUUAGCGUGGUAUUGCUACGAAAAGAGAAUGCUCUUAGAGGCGGUGAAGCUUAUCGAGAAAGCGCUACGUCUUCAGAAACGCAACCACGGAAACUAUAGCAGAGAGGCGACCAACUGUCUUCGCAUCCUAGGGCGCGUCUCCUUUGAGAACGGCUAUCUGGCCAACGCGGAAGCUGCAGAGCCCAAUUUCGAGGCCGCGGUUGACUAUGCCUCGUGUUCCGAGACUUAG